GACAUGGCGACAGACGUAGUUGAGCCUGUGGUCCCUGACUGCAGAGGAGAUGUCAAGAGCGGUCCCAGGUCAGAUGGAGACUAUCCUCUUCGGGUUCUCUACUGUGGAGUCUGUUCAUUGCCAACAGAGUACUGCGAAUACAUGCCUGAUGUCACUAAAUGCAGACAAUGGUUAGAAAAGAAUUUUCCAGAUGAGUUUGCAAAACUUACAGUAGAAAAUUCACCUAAACAGGAAACUGGGGUUGGGGAAGGCCAAGGAACUGCAGGAGGAGAAGAAGAGGAGAAGAAGAAGCAAAAGAGAGGUGGAAGAGGUCAGAUAAAACAGAAAAAGAAGACUGUACCACAAAAAGUUACAAUAGCUAAAAUUCCUAGAGCAAAGAAAAAAUAUGUCACAAGAGUAUGUGGCCUUGCAACGUUUGAAAUUGAUCUGAAGGAAGCACAACGGUUUUUUGCUCAGAAAUUUUCCUGCGGUGCCUCAGUAACAGGAGAAGAUGAAAUCAUCAUUCAGGGUGAUUUUACAGAUGACAUUAUUGAUGUAAUCCAGGAGAAGUGGCCUGAGGUGGAUGAUGAUAGCAUUGAAGACCUUGGAGAAGUUAAGAAGUGAUAGUAAAAGACUACUUUUAUUUAAUUCUAUGGUUUAUAAAUGACAUAGCCAAAGUGAGGCUUCUAAACCCAUUUGCUCUGCAGUGCAGCUGUGGAGAACCUGUAUCCUUGGCAUUUUCACUGUUCUGUAUAGGCUGCUUGGGGUUGUUCUGGGUUUUUUUUCCUCAUUGUGAUAUUUGCCAAAGUUAAA